AUGCUAGAGGGCAAGAACUGCCUCUGUCUCUCCACGGACUUCCCGGGCUUCUUCCAAGACUUGGCGAAGCUGCGGCUGGUGGCCUUUGGAGCACUCUCAGGCUUGGUGCUUUUGGACAAAGCUGGGGUGGUGCACAACGACAUGAAGCCGGAUAACCUCAUUUGGACCGAGGGUGGCACUGGGCCGCGCGUGAAGAUUGUGGACUUCGGCUGUGCUCGUUUAGACCAGCGAGAGGAGCGGGGGCGCAACUGGGCUCUGGCCGAGGGCGGCGCUGGCCACCUUGGCAAGUGGGCUCCUGAGAUGAUUUUGCGUCUCCCCAUUGGCCACCGCGCUGACGUGUGGGGCGUUGCGGUCUCGCUCUGCGAGCUCUUUUGCGGGCGCAUGGUUUGGCGAUCAGAAGCCGACUCCGCGGAGGUGGUCAUGGCACAAGCUCUUGGCCUUUGCAACCUCCGGGAUGGACUGCCUGCGUCCCUGCUGCGGCGCAGCCCGCUGGACGUGCGGCAGCUCUAUACCCCGGCGCCCCGGCAUUGGCCGCUGCGGCGCAGCGGCUCGCUGAUCGAAGCCCUGAGGCCGAAGCACUGGGGCCUGGAUCAGGUGCUGGGCCCUGGCUGGCAGGACUCGGACAAGGUGGAUCUGGGGCAGAUGCUCCUGGCGGGCCUGGUGCUGGACCCCACGUUCCGCCCCAACGCUGCACAGCUGCUGCAGUGCUGCAACUUCCUGAAUCCUGAGAUCCCGCGCAAGGCACUCUGA